GGACCAUACGCGAUUGUCCGCCAUCCGUCCUACACGGGAGCUGCCCUGCUCUCCAUCGGCCAGUUUAUAUUACAUGGAUCGCUGUCUUCAUUGGUUAGACGCUCAGGGGUUUUAGACAACCCUGCGCUGAAAGUGAUUGCGAUGGUACUGCUGAUAUGGAGAAUGAUUGUCGCAGCAAGCCUCAUACUUAGGAUCGGGCAUGAGGAUGAAACGGUGAAGUCAAUUUCCAGAGCAGAGUGGGAAAACUGGGCUAAGGUAGUCAAGUAUCGCCUCAUUCCUGGCGUUUAUUGA